GUAUCCUAAUGUGGUUGGUGCAAUUGACUGUACGCACGUGCGGAUAAAAGCACCGUCCACGAAUGACUAUGCAUUUAUAAACCGCAAAAACUACCAUUCCAUCAAUGUACAAAUAAUUUGUGAUGCCAAACUGACCAUCCUUAACAUGGUGGCCCGGUGGCCAGGCGGCACACACGAUUCCUUUAUUUUACAGAACAGCAGUGUUGGCAUCAAGUUACGGGACGGCGCACUGCAGGGACGUAGUCAUUUACUUGGAGAUAAAGGUUAUCCCCUCACGGAAUACCUGGUUACCCCACUGGCAAACCCUGCAACAGAACAGGAACGCAGGUUCAACACUGCGCACAUACGCACACGAUCCACAGUAGAGCGCUGCAUUGGACUGCUUAAAGGCAGAUGGCUCUGUCUUGGUUCCGCGGGGGGAGCGCUACUGUACUCACCACAGAAAAGCUGCGACAUAAUCCUUGCCAGUGGGGUUCUACACAACAUCGCUCAGGGUAACGGGGUACCAGAUGAUGUUCAGAUGCUGCUGGAGGAGCGAAUGCCUAGAGAGCCAUGGCUAGCACAACCGCAUAUGAGGGCAGUACAGAGACGCCAGGAACUCGUUGAUCGUUUCUAAAUGCAAUUUUGUUUAAGUACUCAUUCAUUCUGAUAAAAAAAAACACAAAGAACGCUUUAAUAAUUCUUAUUUUUGAGAUUUCGUUUUUAGAUUCUCGUUUAUUUGCUUUAAAGUUUCAUUUAUUGCAAUUAAUGAAUGAUUUAUCGCUGUUAUUCCCUGGAUUAUUUCUGUUUGUUUCGCCAGGACCUCGGCUGUCACAACCCACGGUUGUCGUGGUCUUUGGGUGGAGAACGAAUGUGCGGUGUGACAGCUCGAGGUUGGCUGGCUUUGUGCGGCAGGCUCCAGGCUGGUUU